ACGUGCUGGUGAGCACAGAGCUAGGACAGCUGAUGGGGACGACGGCCACGAGCGUCUACAACACGUCCUACACGGCCUUCCUUGGGAUCCCGUACGCGGAGCCACCCACUGGAGAGCUUCGGUUCCAGGCUCCAGGGCCAGCAGCAGCCUGGGAGGGCGUGUUGAACGCUACGCAGUGCGGCAGCGACUGCGUGCAGAGUACGGGCACUGGCUGCGAGGACUGCCUCUACCUGAACGUGUACGUGCCGGGCACGCCGGCGGAGGCAGCGGCGCUACCUGCGCUCUUCUGGAUCCACGGUGGCGGGUGCGGAUCUGGCAGCGGGUCAGACCAACAGUACGGACCAGACUUCAUAGUCUCCUACGGCGUCAUUCUCGUCACCAUCAAUUACCGCCACGGGCCGCUCGGUUUCCUCAAUACGGGAGAUGAGGUCGUCCCUGGCAACGCUGGCCUCAAGGAUCAGCAAUUGGCGCUCACCUGGGUGCAGCGCAACGUCGCCAGCUUCGGAGGAGACCCCGACCUGGUGACGCCGUUUGGACAGAGUGCUGGGGGCAUGGCCGUCUCCUUCCACCUGGUCUCGCCUUUGUCGGCAGGAAUGAAAGAGCACGCCAACAAAGUCUGCGGCGUAGGCCAAAGGACAUGUCCGCAGCCAUACGCAGUGGAUAACAACCUGCCUGUCAAAAACCUGAAGGAAUCCCACUCCAGCGCCAGCCCCUGUGAUCUGGGAGCCGUACGACAAUUCGACUCGCAGUUACAUGCUGAUGCAAGCCAACUUCGCACUUGCACACGACAAGGACGCAGAGCGCAUGGACUUCUGGAAAGAGAACAUCGCACUGCUGCCGUAUACCGACGACCUGCGAGGGCAGAAAAUCGAGUUUUGGGCUGCAUCUGUUUUAACAAGAACAAAACUUCACUGAGGAAACGAAGCUACAAAACUAAUUGA